ACGCUUUGGUCUGGUGUCCCCUUAACCACCUGUAUCUCCUUUAAGAUGAAGACGUAUGUACUAGUUCUAGAUUCUUUUAUAAGUAUUCUACUGUUUGGGCCCUUAAUAUCGUCGUUCUGGAGAGGAACUUGGGGCUUAGCAGAUUUAUACAUACUUCCCGAGAAUCCAACCCUAAGUUUGAUUGUAUCAAUGACUUGUGGACUGUUUAUUUAUCUAUUGAUGAUAAUUCUACAAGAACCAUUGACGUUAUUAAAUAAGAAGAUGAGUUCUCCUGUAUUCUAUAUCGUUUCAAGACUGUGUUCUUAUAUUCUGAGCAUUGCUGUAGUUAAUUACUGGAGAGGUGUUUGGGGGUUUGUGGAUUUAAGUGGAAUAACGCUGAGAAGUGCAGGAUUAACGACGGCGAUUUCAACCACUGUACUGAUGGUUUCUAGGGGGCUAUGUAAUUCUCCUGGACCUCCAUUAUUCACAAUCUCAGAUCUAGGAAGAGAAGAUUAUUUUAAAAUCACGACCAUGUUUGAGACACAGCCUUGUCCAACUUUACGGUUUUACAUGGAUAGUUGUUUCUCUGUCGUGUUUAUUGUAGGAUUUGUGAUAGCACAAUGGAGAGGUCUGUGGACAUUAAUAGAUUUACUUCUGGCACCAGACGAUGUUUAUCUAUCAGCGUGGUUAUCGCUUGUAGCUGGGAAUAUUCUAACAAUCUUUCUGUUGAUUAUACAAUGGCCAGUCAUGUAUUUAGCUGGACAAAUGCGACGUGUACCACACAUAAAGGUUAAAUUUAUUGCGUUAUUAGUCAUUGAAGAUGCAAUGACUCUCUGCGGAACGGUGGCAUCCGUUCUGGUAUGGCGUGGGUGUUGGAACCUGUACGACCAAUGCCUGAUUGUAGAUGAUACUGAAUUAAGUCUUUGGGUUUCACACGGAGCAGCAGUAGUUAUUGGUAUGGCAAUUCUUCAUUACCAAAUAUUCAUUCAAGCUGGGUUGUUAAAAGAUGGGCAAGUUAUACACAGCGGUGAACAAACCUUCUUUGAUACAAAAUUUAUCACCAAUUUUCUACACCAUACUGUGGAUGCAAAUAAGAAGACAUUAGCGAAAAAACUUGGAAAGAAAGGGGUGUUCAACGUGGAAGAGGAGAACUCGUUGGUUACGGAGGAUAUGACCAAUAACACAUCCCUGAACGUUAAAGAUGCCUUAUGUAAGAUGUAGAUAAA